CGCAGCAGUUGGCCGGCAGCCAGGCUCGGGUCGCCAUUGUGAUUCUCCGAACGCGAGCAGUUGUAUGAGAGUGUCCGUGUGACGGUCUGAGCUCCCGGCUGAUCUCGGUUCCCGUGUCACCCCGUUGUGUCCCGGCUGUUCCCCAGGCGGCAUGGCGUGCGGGGCUACCCUGAAGCGCUCGGUGGAGUUCGAGGCCCUGAUGAGCCCUCAGUCUCCCAAGCGACGGCGCUGCGUCCCCCUGCAGGUAUCCCCGGCUCCCUCCAGCUCACAGAGGUGCGGCCACAGGACCGACACCCAGCAGGCUCAGCCAGCCCCACAGCUGGCCGCAGACCGAAGGCUCACCCCGGAGCAAAUCUUUCAGAAUUUAAAGCAAGAAUAUACACGCUAUCAGAGGCAAAGACAUUUAGAUGAAACUUUUAGUCAAAUUGAAUCUGGAUCAUCACUUGAUGGACAGGCCAGUUUUUCACCGCUCGCAACACCAGCUUCUCCAGGUUCACUGGGAAAGAAGGACCAACCAACAUUUAGCCUGCGACAAGUGGGAAUGCUGUGUGAACGGCUUCUUAAGAACCAUGAGGAAAAUGUAAGGGAAGAGUACGAACAGAUUCUCAACACAAAACUAGAAGAACAAUAUGAAUCCUUUGUGAAAUUCACACACAACCAGAUUAUGCACCGAUAUGGAACAAGGCCUGCCAGCUAUGUUUCUUGAAGUUAUCCUUUUGCUGUAUGGAUUGUGAGCUUUGAUGUCAAGUUUGACUGCUCAACAUUGCAACCUUUUCGUUAUCCUCAGACUUUUAUUAUCCAUUUUGGCUGCCUUGUGUCUUUUUUGGAAAUGCAAAAAAAAAUAAAAAUCAGUCUCUUCAAACUCCACAGCCCUUCCUAUUUUGUUUGCUCAAUUUAAGAGAUGAUCUGCCAAGGACUUAUUUUGUUGUAGAAAUGUUUCAAUUAGCUUCAUCUGGUCACUCCCUACCUUUUACUGCCAAUACAAUUGACAGUCUCUCUAUUUUUUUCUUUCCAUAUAUUUUAUUGUGAAGUUUGCAAAUACGUAUGGACUGCUUUUGAUGCACAGCAGUCAUGUUUAAGAACAUUUGGGGUUCUAAAAACAAUAUAAAUUAAAAGGCAAUGCAGGCCUUAUCUAAUGUACUCUGUGAAUAGUGGUUUUGUAAUCUGAUUGCUAUAUGCAUAAAUACACAAUAUAUUCUCAUGUAUAUAUUUGCUCUCCCUCCCCCAUUUUUAUUUGUACACUAUUGACUGUUAAGACAUUUGUGCUUGGAAACCUACUGGGACACAGAAUUGUGUUUUUAAUGUUGUUGCAUUUGUUUUAUAUGCAUAUAAUAAUCAUAAAAUUCAUAUUGACUGUUUAAA